GAAAAUGCAAGGAAGACGCCCAAAAGCCCCCAUAUAUUCCUCGUGUGCUUUUACACGGUCUGCAGACUCUCCACCCCACCACCAACAAAUACUCCUCCCUCCUAGAUAACUCUUGCGAUUCUCACUCACCUGCACAGCGCUACAACAAGUGGAGAGAGAGAGAGAGAGAGAGAGAGAGAGAGAGAGACCCACGUAUACAUAUACUACUAUAACAUAGAACAAGAGAGAGAGAGAGAGAGAGAGAGAGAGAGCAGGUAUACAUAGUUAUACAUACAUAGAAAGGAAAAAGCGGUUGCCUCUUCGAUUCAUUUCUGAGGGAAUAACAUCUGGCUGGGCGGGGUUGUUGUUUGGGUCGCCGGAUAAGUAUGUCGAGUUCGUCGGAGAUCGCGGAUUCCGGGAGGUUCGCCGGGCAGAGGCCGGAGAAGUCGUCGAAUUUCUCGCAGACGUGUAGCUUGUUGAGUCAGUACUUGAAGGAGAAGGGCAGCUUCGGAGAUCUCGGCCUCGGCAUGUCGACGGCGGCAACUGCCACCACAAUGAAUUUGUUCCCGAUGGCUGAGAAGCCCGGGGAGGUCUCGACCCGUAAUUCGCCUCCAAUGUCUCGAAGUUUCUCUUCUAUGGACUUAUUUCCCCUGCAAUCUGGUUUUGAUUCCAGUGUAAAAAAGUCAGAACCAGAAACUGCACAAAUGACCAUAUUCUAUGCUGGACAAGUGAUCGUGUUUAACGAUUUAACGGCGGACAAGGCGAAGGAAGUCAUGCUCUUAGCUAGCAAGGGAAGCACCCACAAUAGCCCUAGCACGUUUGCAUCGACAGCCGUCCAGAAACCAAACGAACAAACUAAUUUGAUUCCUACUAGCUCAAGUCCUGUUGUUCCUAAUUUUGGCAAUAAUAUGAUGCAAGAGUGCAUCCAACGUGCUCCCCAACCGAUCGUUUCUGAUCUACCAAUUGCAAGAAAAGCAUCGCUCACCCGUUUCUUGGAGAAGAGAAAAGAUAGGAUUACGGCAAAAGCACCUUACCAAACAAGCAACUCAAAAGCAUCUCCUCCCAAACCAGCUGAAAGCAAAUCAUGGCUCGGUUUGGCGGCUCAACCAUCGGUCCAGUUUGAGCCACAAUUUUAGUUUUCCCGCAUUUUAGUUACUUAGCACUGCUGCUAUCUCGCCCAAUCACCGGUCCAGUUUGAGCGACAAUUUUGGUUGUGCAUUAUCAGUUAAUUAACACUGCAAUCUUGUGUUUUAACUCUUUUGUGGGCCCUGUUUGGCUAUGGAUCCACAAAGCUGCAAUCUAAUUGUUAGUUUCUUUAGUUUGAAUCAAGGUUUUCUCCGUUGCUUGUAUGUUCAUGAAUUCAUUAUAGGAGUACCUAAUUGUGAUUCCUUAUCUUGAUCGGAAAUGAGUAUUUUUAUUAUGUGAA